AUGGGGUCAGCCAUAGGCCUCAGCAUGUGGACCUCGAUUACGAUUAUAGGCCUCGGUGAAGGGGCAAAUGAUGAAGAGACCGAGGCUUUGUUGAGGUGGAAGCCGAGGUGGUUGGGGAACCGAACCUGCGAGGCUUGCGUCAAGACUGCCUGUGAAAUGGAGUCCACCUCGGGUAGGGAGCUGGUGACUGUAGCGUCGUUAGAUUAUGGGGUCAGUCAGAGGGGGGAUGCCGAGGCUGAUAGUUAUGCCAUGGCCAAGGACCCAGUAGAUUAUACUGAAGAGUGGGGGGCGUCUAGGGUAGUGGAGGGGGACAAGGCCCUUUCUUGCACAGUGCUGACCCAGUACUACGAAACUCAUAAAUUCAAGAGGAAGGAGUACACGACUCCAGACAUGGCUAUAAUUCUGAAGGCCACCACCACCGUCAAGGCUAGGGCCUUGAAGCCGGGGUCUAGUGGGGCCAAGGAGGUCCGAGGUAGGGUGGAGCGCCUUUCCAAGGACAGUACUCCAAAGGCUUCCGAAGAGGGAGUUUCCCAGAGGCAGGAGAGGCCAAAAGAGCCUUGGGGGAAAGAGAAGGUCCCAGAGGAGGCGAAGAGGAGGAAGCUGGUGCACGUUACUAGCUCGUCCAAGAAAUUUGGGACAUUAGUGUCCCACGAGGCCAAAUCAACAAGCGAGCCAAAGCUGCUCGCAUCCGCCUCCAAAGCCAUCAAGUUAGAAAUGGUCAGAGAGGCUGAGGCUGAGGAGGCCAGAGAGGAGGCUGCGAGGAGGGCUGCUGAGGCUGCCGAGGAGGAGGCAGCUAAACAAAAGCCUGUUCGGGAAAAGGGGAAGUCUCCAAGCUUCCUAGCUGGAAGGGAGGAGACCUUGGCCACAGCCUUGGUGGAGGCUCUUUCCCAGGAGGUCCGAAGUGCCACAGAGAGCUUUUACCGGUUCUGGACGGACAGGUGGCAGCUGCAUGCCUCCUCCUACGAUGCCACCGACCUAACGAGGGCUUUGGUGAGCCAAAGCGUCAGAACUUUCAGCCUCGCUCUUGAAUGCAGGGAGGCCUUGAGUGAUUUUCAGACAAGGACCCAGUCUUCGGAGGAGAAGACGGCCUCCCUUGCAAAGGAGUUGAAGGCGGCUAGGGCCGAGGCGGAAGAAGCUAGGGCCCCAAAACUUGAAGAAAUGGUCAAGCUUGAGUCUGCCUUAGCCCAGAUUGAGGCCUUGAAGAAGGAAGUCCAUGAGUCACAGUACGAGGUGGCCUCCCUGACAAAAAAGGUGGAGGUCUCCAAUGAGCACCAGAAAGUGACCGCCGAGGCCCUGGAGAAGGCAAAUCUCUCCUUGGUGGGUGCCCAAGAGGCUAAUCGGUUCUUGGAAACCCAACUCAAAUGGUAUGUGGAUGAUGCCUCCCACGAUAGGGAGGAGGCGGUGCAGGAGUACGUCGCCAACUUCCAUAAUACAGAGGAGUAUAAGAGCUUUAGUGCGUACUGGAGAAACUUUGCCUAUGCCGAGGUGAUGGAGCGGGCAGAGGAGCUGUAUCCCAAUUUGGAUCUGACUCAACUUAGGUCUGAAUUCGUGGAUGAAGUACCUCAGACCCCCGCUGAGGAGGUGCAGGAAAAUAACGCAGCUGAGGUAGAGGAGACCAAUGCUGAUGCUCAAGUUGUCGAGGCCCCAAGUACUGAGCGCCUCCCCCAUCUACCCAGGCUUAGAUUAGUUUUCUUUUCAGUCUUUCGAAUGUAA